AUGUAUGCUUUAGCUUUUGCGGACAAUCAGAACUGGGCUGCCGCAGGCGUGCUACCGGACGUGCACACCGCAGAGCCGCCACAGCAACGCACCUCCGGUGCUACAACAAAAGAGAUGAAGCGAAGUUCGUUGUUUGGAAAGUAUGGCAGCGGCGGGCAGUGGCAAGCGCCCGAGCAGGUGCGUCUGCUCUAUGAUCCGAGCAGCAAGGAGGUGGAUGCGGUAAGUGGAUGUGCGGUGAAACUCGAGCGGCCUCCCCUCUCCUAUUUCGGUCUGUUUUUAUUGCAGUUCCUAACACGGGUCGAUCGACUGGUGGAUGAUAUGAAUACGAUGGAUGCACUGUUUAUUCAGAUUAAGAAGGGGCAUUCGAAGAUUCUCGCGGAGCCGGGCGAUCACUCUGAGCUGAAGGCACGUCUGGAUUCAACAGUGCAAACCUAUACGUCGAUGCUGGGCAGCACUCAGAGUGCCUUAAAAAGUGAGGUGCUUUUUAUGCCAUAUGUUUCGUUGUGCUUGUCACUUGAACUUCACUGUUUCCAGUUUCCUCAGCUGCUUGGCUUGAAAGCGGAUGUUGAAAAGGAGUUUGGAAAGUCCACCAACCAAACGGCACCGACUGCUGAAGCACGUAUCAAAAGAAACCAGGUGAUGGCGCUGACAAAGAAGUUCGAGCACCUCUUAUUUGGUUUUAAUGAAGAGCAGUUAGCCUACAGGAGCAGAUGCAGACAUAAAUUCAUAUCGUAUUUGAAAAUUUCAAACUUCACCGUCAAUGAUAAAGAACUCGAUCAUGCCAUUAGAACAGCAUCUUUAUCGGAAUAUACCAAAAGGUUGAUGUUGGCUGAGCCUGAUAAACAAGCGCUGUACGGUGAAGUGAAAGCUCGGCAUGAUGAUAUUUUGAAGGUAGAAAAAAGUAUAAUUGAGCUUUAUGGUUUGGUCCACCAGUUGGGUACACUGCUCGAGGAACAGGGUGAAGUGUUAGACAAUAUUGAAAGAAAUGUUGGAAAUGCGGCAGAGUAUGCAAACAGAGCCAAUUUGAACAUUGAUAAUGCGAGGUCGGUGAGGGCAAGCGUCCGAAAGAGGAAGAUUUGCCUGGUGAUUGCGCUCAUCGUCUGCAUUAUUAUACUGUUCGGUGUGGGAACGAUGUCAUUCUGUUUCUACGUGCCGUUUGUGUGCCGCUGA